UGGGUAAAUCUUAUUAUGGUCACCUUGGGUGUGCUUGCACUGGCCACAGAGCCACCAACUGAUCAUCUAAUGCGUCGAGCUCCUGUUGGUCGAAGGGAACCUCUCGUCACCAAUAUAAUGUGGAGAAACCUAUUAAUACAGGCUCUGUAUCAAGUUACAGUCCUCCUAAUCCUCAAUUUCCGAGGUGAACAAAUUCUUCAUUUGGAGCAUGAGACGAGGGAGCAUGCUGUUAAAGUGAAGAAUACCUUGAUUUUCAAUGCUUUUGUCCUGUGUCAGGUUUUCAAUGAAUUCAAUGCUCGGAAGCCAGAUGAGAUAAAUGUAUUCAGAGGAGUCCACAAAAACCGUCUGUUGAGCUUUUAAAUGUUCUGGCUUUUG